AAUGUUUGUUCCAACAGCCGCCAAGUUACGCCCCUGAUAUUCAGCGGAGGUCUUUCCCUAGACCCCUGGGUCUGGACAUCCAGCCCUUUGAAACCGCUCGUUAAAUCACAUCCGAAGCUGGAGGCGCUCCGGUCACAAAUCAUCUCCGCUUGUCGAUACACGGGACUCUGACCAGCUCCAGUCCGCUUUUACACGCACCCUCACGGACAGGAAUAGACCAGCAGCUAGUAAGGCUUAUCUAGCCGGUAAAGCUUCCAGACGUCUCUCUCCCUCAAUGAUAAGUCACCCCAAACAGAUCCGCAGGAAUCAUGGGGAGUGUGUUCCUGCCAGCAGACGUGGCCCACUCGGUGCUGCGGCGGCUGCGCAGGGCCAACUUCAUGCUGGAAGAGAUGAAGCAGGGUGACAUCCAGAGGGAGUGCCGUGAGGAGGUCUGCACGUAUGAGGAGGCCCGCGAGGCUUUUGAGAAUGAAGAGAAGACGAAGCGGUUCUGGGAGGAAUACGUACGGGAAAGCAAUCCAUCUGGAGGUCUUGAGACAGUGGUUGGUGGAGUCCACUCGCUCUACUUGAUCGUGCCGUUGCUGCUGGUUCUGCUCAUCAUCACCGCUGUCGCCAUCACCGUGUGGCGCUGCCACUCCCGAAAGCGCUCACAGCGCAGCCCGAGUAUGGGACACUCACAUCACAACCACGUCCUGUCAGUGGUCUCCAUGGACCAGUGGGGAAGGGAUUACCACCACGGUGACCAGUCAGAACUCAGUGUCCACAGCAGCCCGGCCUAUCCAGGCUCAGAGCUCACAUCAGGGAGAGGAAGUGCUGGGGACCCACCACCAUCUUAUGAGGAGGCUGUGGGUCAUACAGAUGUCCAAAUAGAGACGGAGCCACCUCCCCAGUAUGAGGAUAUAGUCAACACAAGCUCUGCUAGUGUCAAUGGUGGCAACGGAAAGUAAAUGUGUCUCUAACUACCCUCCCACCCAAAAAAAAUCUUCUAAACUCUAAAACCAGCUUGUAGUUUAGCAGAGCGACUGCUGUGGUAUCACCAGCCUUCCCCAUUCAACACUUACAACAGAGCCACAACUAACUGUUGGACACAGCGGACUAAUGCAAACUUUCCCGGGGCCAGCACUAACCUUUCAUCAGUGAGGUGGACGGUGACAGGGUGGAGCGGAUGAUAUUGCAAUACCAAAACCAAAUCCUCAAGUUGCAUCUAUACUGUCACACUGUCACAGGUCUUUUAAGACUGCAAGCAUAACAAAUGUGGGUAGAAGAGAUGGUUCUUGUUGCCAUGAUGGAGGACAGCUCUAUAAGUGUAUAUAGGGGUUGGACUGAUGCUUUCAUAGACGGUUAGUGCCAAGUUUUGUAGACUUUGUAGAAGAGGGCAAUUUCGGAUCUGUUUUACCGGUUUUUAAAGUUUUAAACGUGAUCACUUCAGAAAAUAGUAAACCAUGGUUUCCAUUUUAAAGACAUUAUAUUGAAAGGCUUUGCAGAACUUUGCAUUUCAACAAUAAAAAUAAACGUUUAGGCUAAUUAAAAUUGCAUUAAGCUAUUUGAGACCAGAAACAUUAUAGGCUUCCAAAUACUGAUUGUGACCAACUCCCGGUUUAAUAUUUAAUCAUUAGCUCUGGUCGUAAGAGGCAUAUCUGAGCUUGCUAAAGAAAAUUCCAUACCAGUCAUUUACUUCUUCUCUAUGCUGGUUUGUGCUUGGCAGGUAGCAUAUAAUUCUGAGUUUGUUGACUAUAAAAUUAAUACUGUAGGUGCCCACACUUUGCAUCAGUCAAAGCCGAGUAUAGCCACGAGGCUGGGUGUUAGUUCUCACUGCCACGUGAGCAUCAGCAACUGAAUUCUUUAUUUGUUGUUUGAUAUCAAAAAUGAGUGUUUAUGCAGGUUUAAAUAGUCCAGUUGCCAAAACAAUGCGUCGGUCCAGCUCCCGUAUACACUUGUGUAUGUUUUUGAGAUGGAAAAACUGAGGCCAUCAGUUAUGACAGGGGCACGGUUUUGUACAUAUGUAUCAUGUGUGCUUAUAUCUGCAUGCAGCUCAGCCUGUACACACAAGGCUGUAUGUGUCUCUGCACUGUUCAAGGACAGCCGGGUUCACUGGCCUGUGUACACCUGUGAGCCACUGGAGAGUUGCUCAGAGCCUGCUUUAACUGUGAAACACCCCACUUCCCCUUUCCCCUAAAGCAAAUGCAUCGUCUGGAUAGGACUACACAGCCUUAUGCCGUCACUAGUGGUGGAGUGACUUGCACAGGAAUGUGGGACAAGCAGCAGAGACAGGUGCUUUGGGAACAUAGCAAGGGAAGAUUCUGUAUUUAAUUUCUCUAUGAUUAAGAAGCAUGUGUAACGCACCUCUAUAUGUAAGUAUGUAUGUGUGAAAGUUAUAGUGAGAUUGUUUUUUUUUCUUUACUGCAUAGGGCUGCAGUGAAAGCUUUGGUACUAAUGUAACUAUCCUCCAGUAGGUUGUGAAUAAAUGAAGGCACUUUGUAUUGAAGCUGAAAUUGCGCGGUUUAAUGAGAAGUAGGACAGUCUGGCUUGACAUCUUGACCGCUACUCUCAGCAGUAACAAGGUCAUUGUAUUCAGAUAAAAGUGCUCAUAAUCUAUAUGCAACAUCGCUGCAUACACUCUAAAACCAAAUAUAUCUACACUCGCACCAAUACAUGUCACGUAUUUACUGUGUACACCUCACAGACACUGAGCACUGAUUCUUAUUGUACUAUUACUAUAUUGUUUGUGAGUUGACCUGUGAGCCUCAGCACUUGCUAUGACACUGAACUGAGUUGUGCUGUAAGAGGUAGCCAUUGCGGAUAGGUCAGUUGUUGUACUUUUACUUACCGAGUCCUGUUUUUACAAUGCCUUAUCAAACACAAUGUUAUAUAACAUUAAAUGCAAAAUGAACUUGUUAUAAAUCUUUGACUUGUGCAAAAGCUUGAAUUAAUUUGUAAUAAAACACUCAAAAUGAGA